AUGGCAAUCUUCAUCCGCAACUCGCACCAGAUGCCCAACAGCCUCGGCGUGCUCGUUCAGGCGGUUCUCUUCAUUCUCAGCUUCAUUUUCACUCUGAUCGGCGUCUCAACUGCCAUGCGAUUCGCGUGCGUCAACACGAGGAAUCAGAAAAUUAACGAGCGUUUGUUUUGCAGAAUCUUCCACAAGAAUCAGCGCAACAUCUUCAUUUCACUCCUCCUCCUCUGGUUCGAACUCCUUCUCUGCCGCAUUCUCAUUUGGGCAUUCAAGUACAAUCUUGCCAUUGAGAUAAGAGAAGGUCAGCUCAUCAGAAUAUGAAAAAGGAUUUGUGUACUCAAAUCUUUUCAGAAAUAGUCUGCACGGAUGAAUGUCACCACUUUGGGCGGUGUUCCAUUCGGAAGAACGGAUUCGAUCCGAUAUUCAUUGCGGCCAACAUGAGAUACCAUUACAUGUACUUUGUGAUCUCAACUCCGAUCGGCAUUCUCACCGAGAGAAUAUUCGCAACCAUUCUCAUAAAGUUCGCAGGAUUCUAGGGCCACAGACGAAUGAUUAGUGUUCAGAGAUUACGAGAGGAAGAACCGUCACUGGAUAUUCUGUCUGAUAUUCGCCUCCCAAAACGUGUUCGCCUGCUCGAUGUCCGUCGUCACAACCACCGGCGGAAUCACAUUCCAAGUGCUCAUUUCCGCAGUCGUCAUUGCUCUUUUCGCUUCUGGAAUAGUAUGGAAAACGGGCGGUUCUUCCGGAUGACAGUCCUUUCAGAUCUACGCGCUCGUCGAGUAUUUCAACCAGCAACGUCUUCUGGUGCUCGAGAAAGAGCAUCGGACGACGAAGUACACGCUGAGCAUCAGAUACCAAUUGAAAGAGAAUCUGAAGACGUUGAAGGUCGGUUUCGGCUUCUUUUCUCUUAAAUAUAAAUAAAUGGGAAUUUGCAGUUGAUGCGUCGCUUCUUCAUGUCAAUUAUCUCGUUUAUCAUUGCGAUGGGACUCGCCAAUUCGCUGCCGGUUAUUCUGAAUUUGGACGAAAACGUUAUAAUGACGACGAGAGUGUACAUGGAUUACAUCUUUCAUUCGUCAGUUCUGCUCUCUUUCUUUUCAACUGAUUCUUUUUCAGAAAUCCCGUUUUUCUCGUUCCGACCGCCCUUUUUACCAUCGAAAACUACCGAAAGUACACGUGCAAUAAGGCUCGGACCACGUUUGGAAUGCGUGUUGAGAGCCACAAAGUCUGCCGAUCCUUCGAUUACUCCAGAGCGAAACUUCUUCGUUUUCAGGUCGAUAUUCGGAAACUUCGUCCUCAAAUCGAUCGGGAAUCGGAUAUGUACUUUGCAAUUUUCGAGAAACAACUGGAAGCCGAUGCAAACUUUGGGGGAAAGAGGGGUGGGUCACUGCGACGGCCGAAACUCGCCUCCAGAUACUGA